UUUUAAGGGUAGGGGUUACACUGAUUUUGAUAGUUAAAGGGUGAACAAUAGAUCCUUUCUUUUCUGAGGGUAACAAUUAGAUAGUAUUGUAGUUCAUGAAUUUACAGUAUUUGUUAUUUAAGACCUGUCAUAAUCUUUAUAUUGAUUCCAUCUUCUUUUUAAAGUUUAGACAGUAAAUGGAAGAUUGAUACACGGAAUUCAUCUGCUACAGGAAAGCAUUGAAGAAUAGUUGUAUUGUUGGUUGCUGUUUGCUUAAAUUCAAGAACAUUUAUGCAGGAGAUUGUCUUCCGAUCAUCAAUUGAUGAAGAAGCCAGUUCAUGAGUCAUGUCUGCAUGUUAUUUGUGGUAGAUGAAGUAGGAGAUGUAUUCUAAAUAGCUACCAUCAAGAUACAGUCAUGUUGACAGGAAAAGGCAGAGCACCAAUCGUCAAUAGUAUAAUCUUGCUCCUGAAUGUCAUCUAUGCGUUACUUACAGAAAUGUGCAAAAAAUGAAUUGCACUGAGCACAUUGCUGAAUAACAGUAUGGAAGAGAACUUUUUUUUGGUGUCCUGGAAAAAGCUCAAUUGCAUGAGGCGAAGGCUUCCACCUGGACCUCCAAGGUGGCCAAUCUUUGGUAACCUUCUCCAGUUGAGCCCUCUUCCCCACAAAGACUUCGCUCGAUUCUGCACCAAGUAUGGCCCCCUGGUCUAUCUUCGUCUUGGAACCAUCGAUGCCAUCACCACUGAUGACCCUGAAGUCAUCCGUGAGAUACUCAUCCGGCAAGAUGAGGUAUUUGCUUCACGGCCUCGGACCUUGGCCGCUGUUCACCUUGCCUAUGGGUGCGGUGAUGUGGCCCUUGCUCCGCUGGGGCCGAACUGGAAGAGGAUGAGGAGGGUUUGCAUGGAGCACUUGCUGACAACCAAGCGGCUUGAAUCUUUUGCUGCUCACCGAGCACUGGAGGCUGAGCACCUCUGUCAGUUUGUGUGGGCUAAAGCCCAGUCAGGGAAACCUGUGAAUCUCAGAGAGGUUCUUGGGGCCUUCUCGAUGAACAACGUGACAAGGAUGUUGCUAGGGAAACAGUACUUUGGUCUGCAGUCAGCAGGCCCUGGUGAAGCAAUGGAGUUCAUGCACAUCACCCAUGAACUGUUCUGGCUGCUGGGCCUGAUCUAUCUUGGGGACUACUUGCCAGCCUGGAGGUGGCUUGAUCCAUAUGGGUGUGAGAAGAAGAUGAGGGAGGUUGAGAAGAAGGUGGACGACUUCCACCAGAAGAUUAUUGAUGAGCACAGGAAGGCUAGGGAGGCCAAGAAGAGUGCAUCCCUUGAUGAUGAUAACAAAGAAGACAUGGACUUUGUUGAUGUACUGCUUUCUUUGCCCGGCGAGAACGGAAAAGAGCACAUGGACGACGUCGAGAUCAAAGCUUUGAUGCAGGACAUGAUUGCUGCUGCCACCGACACAUCAUCGGUGACCAACGAGUGGGUGAUGGCGGAGGUGAUCAAGAACCCCCGGGUGCUCCGCAAGAUCCAGGAGGAGCUCGACGGCGUCGUCGGCCGCGGCCGCAUGGUGGCGGAGUCGGACCUCGGCCAGCUGACCUACCUCCGGUGCGUCGUCCGCGAGUCCUUCCGGAUGCACCCGGCGGGGCCAUUCCUGAUCCCCCACGAGUCCCUGAAGCCGACGACGAUCAUGGGCUACGACAUCCCGGCGCGGACGAGGAUCUUCAUCAACACCCACGCGCUCGGCCGGAACACCCGCAUCUGGGACGACGUCGACGCGUUCCGGCCGGAGAGGCACCUGCCGGCAUCGGCGGACGGCGGCCGGGUGGAGAUCAGCCACCUGCCGGACUUCAAGAUCCUCCCCUUCAGCGCCGGCAAGCGCAAGUGCCCCGGCGCGCCGCUCGGCGUCAUCCUGGUGCUCAUGGCGCUCGCCAGGCUCUUCCACUGCUUCGACUGGUCGCCGCCGGACGGCCUCCGCCCCGACGACAUCGACACCCAGGAGGUGUACGGCAUGACCAUGCCCAAGGCCAAGCCGCUCGUCGCCGUCGCCACGCCGCGCCUGCCGCCGCAGAUGUACGGUCGCCAUGGCAAGCAAGUUUGAGCUAGGCGUCGUGUGGACAAUAAUGCAGACAGGAGAAGCCGAUCGAGCUAUGCAGCUUAACGUAAUUAAGAGUGAAUUAAUUCUACAUGUAUCUAUCAAAUCAAUCACACAUGUAGACAGUGACGAUGAAUGCAAGUGCUGAUGAAUCAAAGAAAUUAAGCAUCAGCUGAUGAAUCUCACUUUCUUGCUGAAUUCCA